ACCCUCAGGGCUUGCCACACCCCUGCUCCUGUCCUGAUAAUCCCAGGAGCAAAUCGGAUCCCAGAGAGAAAUCAUCCCUGGGAGGGUGGUCAGGCCAUGGCACAGGGUGACCAGAGGAGCUGUGACUGUCCCUGGAUCCAUGGAAGUGUCCAAGGCCAGGCUGGAUGGGGCUUGGAGCAACCUGGGACAGUGGAAGGUGUCCCUGCCAUGGCAGGGAUGGCACUGGAAGAGCUUUAAUAUUAGUUUAUAUUAAAGAAUAUAUAUUUCCAUGCUUUAAUGCCAUGGCAGUAGGAAAAGGGACUCCAAAGCCCAUGGAGAUACCAAGGCAGCAUGGAAAGGAGCUGCAAACCCCAUGAAAAUGUUGUGGAAGAAGAAAAAGGGGCCUCAAACCCCAUGGAGACACUGUGGACCCAGGAAAAGGGGUCUGAGGAUGUUUUGGGAGCACUCCCUGAAAUCAUGGAGCCAUCCCACCCUUCCCUCUGCAGGGAAGGCAAAGCCUCAGGAGCUGGGCAUCCCAUUGGGACGGAUCCCAGCCUGCACAGCCAGGGGAGAACCCUGGGCCUGAUGUCUGAUGGGGCAGGCAGAGCAGCAGGGGAAGCAGCAGGGAAGGAGCUGCUCUGUGUCCCAGGGGCAAGGAAGGAGCUGCUCCAUGUUCCAGUGUAAGCAGGGCAGCAGGGUAGGAGCUGCUCCAUCUCGCAGGAGCAGGGAAGGAGCUGCUCCAUGUCUCAGUGCCAGGGAAGGAGCUGCUCCAUGUUCCAGGAGCAGGGAAGGAGCUGCUCCCUCUCCCAGGAGCAGGGAAGGAGAUUCUCCAUGUCCCAAGGGCAGGAGGACAGCAGGGAAGAAAGGAAGGAGCUGCUCCAUGUCCCAGGAGCAGGGAAGGAGCUGCUCCAUGUCCCAGGAGCAGGGAAGGAGCUGCUCCAUGUCUCAGUGCCAGGGAAGGAGAUUCUCCAUGUCCCAAGGGCAGGAGGACAGCAGGGAAGAAAGGAAGGAGCUGCUCCAUGUCCCAGGAGCAGGGAAGGAGCUGCUCCAUGUCUCAGUGCCAGGGAAGGAGCUGCUCCAUGUUCCAGGAGCAGGGAAGGAGAUUCUCCAUGUCCCAGGAGCAGGAGGGCAGCAAGGAAGAAGAGAAGGAGCUGCCCUGUGCAGGGAAGUGGAAGUUCAGUGUCAGGGAAGGAGCUGCUCCGUGUCCCAGGAGCAGGGAAGGAGCUGCUCCAUCUCCCAGGGGCAGGGAAGGAACUGCUCCAUGUCCCAGGAGCAGGGAAUGAAAUUCUCCAUGUCCCAGGGGCAGAAGGGCAGCAGGGAAGAAGGGAAGGAGCUGCCCUGCACUCCAGGGGCAGGAGAGGAGCUGCUCCAUGUCCCAGGAGCAAGAGAGCAGCAGGGAAGAAGGGAAGGAGCUGCUCUGUAUCCCAGGGGCAGGGAAGGAGUUGCCCUGUGUCAGGGAAGGAGCUGCUCCAUGUCCCCGUGUCAGGGAAGGAGCUGUCCCGUGUCCUGCCCCGCCUGGCAGUGCCGGGCACACGAUCCAGGCACGAGUGAGGUGUUGGAAGGCCGGGGCUGUUUUCCUGCAGCCGUGCCAACCAUUGUGUUGGGAUUUUUCCUCUCCGUCAGCGCAGCACAAGGAGGCCCCUGUGGGAAGGGAGGGUGACAGGCUGGGGACAAACACGGAAUGAGGAUCCCAAAACAGGUCGGGCCAGGGAUCUGUCAGCCCCGGCCCCGUCACCUCCGAGUCAGCCACGGCCACAAACUCCUUCCCUGCUCAAUCCUCCUGCUCAGGGAUGGUUUGCCUCCCAAAAAAAAAUCCCCCUGGAUUGCUUGUGGUGGGAGCUCCUGCCUCGGCAGUUCUGUGCCUGCUGGGAAAAACCUGUGAGGUUUGAAACCAGUGAGGUUUGAAACCUGUGAGCUUUGAAAUCCCACUCGUGGCACCCAGCAGGCUGCAGCAUCCAGAGAAAAAGGAAAAAAGGUCACGAGGCUGUGCCCAGAUCAGUGGGGAGUGGAAAUCCCAAGGGAUGUGCAGCCAGCCAGGAGCACCUGCAGGAGCUGAGCACAGCCCAGUUUGGGCCAGUUUGGGCCAGUUUGGAUCCCUGAGGAAGCGGUUUUUGCAUCCCACCCCCGAGAAGUGCUGGGGCUGGAAAGGGAACAAAGCUGGACUCCUGUCAAAUCCCUGUUAGUCCCUCUCAGAGGAGCUUGGGAAGGAGCUGGAAUCCUUGUCACUUCGGAUCAGCCACUCCCCGCGCCGGGCCCGGCUGGAAGUGACAAAAGUUAAGGACAUCUGUGAGGGAUAAAUAAUGAAUCCCCCCUGGCCGGGGCUGCCGCCGCCUCCUCCUCCCCUCCUACAGCAAUUUGCACUUAGGCAGCCCCGCCCCAACUUUCACAGCGCUUUAAAAUCACCCGGAGAGGCUCCAGGGAUGCCAGGAGGGGUCACAACGGGGUGUUGGGACAUGGCAGAAUGUGGGGACACAACACCAGAGCACCCUGGUGCAGCUCCUCAUCAAUCCCAGCCUUGCCAAGGAGGUUUGGGCUGUUUUGGACACUCCCAAACCAUCCAAUUCCCGAGGGAAAAUCUGAACUGUGGGGCAGAGCAGGAAUGUUUGAAUCCCAGACAAGCCCCCCCCUCCACUGGAGCUGCUCCCUGUGGCUGCUGAGAGCUCAGAGUAGGGGCUGGGUGUGCAGAAACGUGGCUGUUCCUGGGUGACAGAUGAAUUAUUGAGCUCUGCUCCAUUAUGCAUUCCAGCAUCCUCCACAUCCCGGGAAGGAGGGGCCAGGUGGGGGUCGGGCUCUGCUCCCCAGGAAUGAGGAAUGGGAUGAGAGGGAAAAGCCCCAAGCUGUGCCAGGAGAGGGGCAGGGUGGGCAUCAGGGGGAUUUAUUCACUGAAAGGACAAUCAGGGGCUCUCCAGGCGUUGGUGGUGUUGUCAAAAAUUGUGUGGAGGUGGCACUUGGGGACACGGCUGAGGGGGUGACAUGGCUGUGCACGACAGACCUUAACCCAUGAUAGGGCUGGUGAUCUUGGAGGGCUUUUCCAGCCUAAAUGAUCCCAAGAUUCCAUCCCAGUGAGGGGCAAACACUGCUGGGUGACAGAUCACAGCCCAGGGGACACUGUGUGAGACAGAUCACAGCCCUGGGAGACAGCCCAAGUGACAGAUCACAGCCUGGGGGACACCCUGAGUGACAAAUCACAGCCUGGGGGACACCCUGAGUGACAGAUCACAGUCUGGGGGAUGCCCUGGGUGACAGAUCACAGCCUGGGGGACAUCCCAAGAGACAGAUCACAGCCCUGAGGGACACCCUGAGUGAUAGAUCACAGCCCUGAGGGACACCCUGAGUGACAGAUCACAGCCUGGGGGACACCCUGAGUGACAGAUCACAGCCUGGGGGAUGCCCUGGGUGACAGAUCACAGCCCACAGGACACCAAAAGUGACAGAUCACAGCUCAAGGGACACCCCAAGAGACAGAUCACAUCCCAGGGGGACACCCUGGGUGACAGAUCACUCCCAGGGGACACCCCAGGUGACAGAUUCCAGCCCAAGGGACACUUCAGGAACCCUUCUGGGUUUCUCUGACUUGAAAAAAGGGGAUUUAGAGAUUUUGGGGAAGGAUUUUUGCCAGGGAAACCUCCCAGCUUGGGGAUUAGUAGGUGACAGAGCUGCAGGGACGAGGGUGACACCACAUCCCACGGAUCCCAGCAGGAGCAAACAUGGAUGUGGAGAAAUCCUGAUCCAGUGUUCAGCACCAACACCCAGCAAAACCCCAUCAGCCCAGGGCCAGCACCCCAAAACCCUGCCAGCCCAGGGCCAGCACCCCAAAACCCCAUCAGCCCAGUGCCACCACCCCAAAACCACCAUCUGCCAGCCCAGUGCCACCACCCCAAA